AUGGCCAACAUGGCAUCGCGAAUUGCCAGCGCCGGUGUGCUGGAUGAUCUGUUUCUUUGGGGAAUGUCGGACCCGGCUCCUCCUCUCCAGGCGCUUGCCAUGCCCUCGGCUGCGGAGCUCGACCGAUCCUUUCAAGAGAGCUUAAGAGUCGAGAACGUCUUACGCCAGAUGCCCCCCUCAGACGCAGGGGAGAAGAUGAAGCUGGCCAUGUCCCGUCGAAGUUCGAGACACGGCCGGCAGGGCCAGGCUCAGGAGACUUCCGACUUGCCACGGCAGAGGCUUGCGAGGACCCGCUUCUUUCUCCCUGCACGCCGCAGUCCUUCGGGGGCGCCCGAGUUCAAAUCACUUCUCGAUGGAGAGACGGCUUUGCAGCCCAACAGCUGCGUCGAGCCGGCUGCUCCUUCGCGCGGAGUCGGUGUCUUUGCGGACCUUGCCGCCGCACGCCGGGUGCGUGGAAGGUCGGCACGAUCCCGGGCUGCUCUCAUGGAUACCGUGUUCGAGGCGUAUGGUGUGGGAGACGGCCAGAUCAUCAACGUUCCAGAGACGAAGCUGCGCUUCGCGAAAGUCUUCGUGGGAGAGGAGGUUCGAAGAGCCGGGCCAGGGCCCUGGCGAUCGCCGGUUGCGGCUCCUGCGUCGUGGACGCCAGCAAACGAGUCCAUUCAGAUUGACUUGAUGAAAAAGCAGAGGAUUGUGAGUGAACGGCAUGGCCGUUACGCGGAGCUGCUCGGGGCUGCUAGAUCCUCUCGGCGCUUGAACGCGGAGGUGCCAUGA